CAGCGCAGCCGGCUAAUAGAAGGCCGCCGUGCCCGUGCGCGUCUCCCACCGGCGGCGGGGGAAGGAGCGGCCGCCGCGGCGGCUGCAAAAAGAUGGCGGUGGCGGGGAAGGGAGCGGUGUCCGCGGCGGUGAAGCCGAUCUUCAGCCGGGACCUGGGCGAGGCGAAGCGGCGCGUGAGGGAGCUGUACCGGGCCUGGUACCGUGAGGUGCCUAACACGGUGCACCUGUACCAGCUGGACAUCACAGUGAAGCAGGGGCGUAACAAGGUGCGGGAGAUGUUCAUGAAGAACGCCCACGUUACAGAUCCACGGGUGAUAGACAUGCUGGUUAUUAAGGGAAAAAUGGAUCUUCAAGAAACCAUUCAGGUAUGGAAGCAGAGGACUCACAUCAUGAGGUAUUUCCAUGAGACGGAAACCCCAAGACCUAAAGACUUUCUGUCCAAAUUCUAUGCCGGCCACGAUCCCUGAGAGAUUGACUCUGUGUCUUCCUGCCUUGUAUUACAAAUAAAGUUCUAUAUAGUAGAAAAAUAUCUGUACAGAAAGAUCGUAUAGCAUAUUAGGAGGCUGAUGACUAAGUCUGAUUCCA